GGACACUGGCGGCCAUGGCCUUUGAUUCGGAGGUUCAGGAGAAUGCUGUUUGCUGCAUCACAGCAACUGGAAGUGGUGACCAGUUCGGAUGGGCUGUCUUUUCGGAAGAUCUCCGUGCGUUCAGGAUUUGUGAGUACCUGGAAGAUGUGCAUCUCUCCAGGACCGAGGCCCUCCUCCUGCAGUUGCAACCCAAGCGAUGCUGUUGGUUUGCGCUGCCCAACGAGGUGCCACGAAAGCUGCGUUCUGUGGCGGAAUCCUGUGGCGUGGAGCUGGAAGAAGUGAAGUCGCAGACGGCCAAAGAAGUGGAUUUGGAACAGGACUUGGGGCGAUUACUGGUCGAUGGCCUUGGCAGACACUUGGAGGAACAGCGCCACGCGCAAGGCAUGAAAUCCCUGGCAGUUCUGAUCGGGCAUUUGCAGCUGCUGAACGAAGCUGGGAACUUCAAGGCGUGUACCUUGGGCCUUUAUCCCUUGAGGAACUUCGUGUUCCUGGACAAGGCGGCCUUCUCGGCCCUCAACGUCUUACCACGACCAGAGGAAAGUCAGAGGUCGAGCACCAAUCUGCUGGGUUUCCUCAACAGGUGUCGGUCUCAAAUCGGCCAAAGGCGCUUGCGACAGUGGCUCACGCAGCCUUUGACUGAUCCCCAAAAGAUUUCGAGACGACACGACAUCGUGGAGAUGCUGGUGGGUGCCGACUCAUUCUUACGAGACCUUGAGGGGCAGCUACGUCGGGUGCCAGACCUGGAGCGAAUCGCAGCCAGGCUACAUCGGACACAUGCACAGUCGAAAGCGCAAGGAGCGACCUUGGAAGAUUUAGUGAACCUGUACCAUUGUAUUCUUGCAACCGACAAGAUGGUUCAGGCACUUGAGGCCUAUCAAGGGAAGCAUCGAGAGGUUUUGGAAGGAACGCUCUUGGAACGGCUCAGGUCUAUCAUGAAGGAUUUCGGGAACUUCCGGGCACUUGUGGAGCAAACUAUUGACCUACAGCAAGCGGAGCUGAGGAACUACUGCAUCAGUACCGCUUUCGAUCCUUCAUUGAAGCAGCUCGCCAUGCAGCGGGACAAGGUCCGUGAGCAAAUGGAGGCCGUCCGUGCAGACGUCGACAAAAAGUUGAAUCUUGCAGGCCGCGGCAAUGAAAAGUCCGUGUCCCUGAACGAGUGCCCUGAAGGCUUAGCCCUCCGAGUCACCAAGAAGCAUCAACAGGCCGUCCAGAAGUGGAACGGAAAGCCACCACUGAAGGUGUUGUCGCUGAAAAAGACGGAGGUUUUCUUCACCACCACAGAGUUGGUGAAGCUGAACAAGGACCUUCAACAGGCAGUGGAUGAUUACCAGAAACAGACAGAUGCGUUGGUGGCGAAAGCUUUGAAAGUGGCCUCCACUUACAGCUCAGUGGUGGAGCGCUUGGCAGAUGUUCUCGCAGAUUUGGAUGUGCUUUGCUCUUUGGCUCGGGUGGCGUUGACGGCGCCGUGCACCUUUGUUCGAGCAAAGUUGGACGAGUCCGGGAAGGACUGUGUUAUCGAUGGCGCAGUGCAUGUGCUUGUGACAGCAAACUCAACGCAAAGCUUUGUUGCCAACAGUGUGGAGAUGCAUCGCGAUUCGUCACGGCUUCACCUCAUCACCGGGCCCAACAUGGGAGGAAAGAGUACCUACAUCAGGUCCAUCGCGUUGAUCGCCUUGCUGAAUCAAAUGGGCAGCUUUGUGCCAUGUCGAAGCGCUGUUCUUCCAUGUUUCGACUCGAUCAUGUGCCGCGUAGGGGCAUCUGACAUGCAGUUGCGAGGAAUCUCCACCUUCAUGGCAGAGAUGCUGGAGGCAGCAUGUAUUCUCAACGUUGCCACGGAGCGCUCCUUGGUCAUCGUUGAUGAAUUGGGUCGCGGCACUUCGACAGCAGAUGGCUUUGGAAUCGCCUGGGCCAUUGCAAAGCAUUUGGUCGAGGACACCCGUUGCUUCACUCUCUUCGCCACUCACUUUCACGAGCUUGCAGCUUUGGAGCAAGCUACAGCUGCAGUGCGGAAUAGGCAUGCAACAGCUGUUGUUGAGCCUCAAAGUGGCAGGUUGACUUUCCUCUAUGCUCUGGCUGAUGGAGCUGCAGAUCAAAGUUACGGCGCCUUUGUAGCGGAGUUAGCAGGCUUCCCAGAGCGAGUGGUGGCUGAAGCCCGACGACAAGCGGAGGAGUUGGAGUCUGCCAGCAGCUUUGGAAGAGCCAGGAAGCGGCGAAAACAAGAGAUGCUUCCAGAGAGUGUGCAGAACAUUUUUGAAGCUGAAAAUGAAGAGGAUUUCGUGAGGCUGGCAACGGAGAACCUGCCAAAGUUGCAGAACUUCCUAGACGAAGGUUGUGAUGUUUGAGAAGUGCUGUGAGUGACAUUUCGGUUUGCGCACAGGUGGCUGCUGGCCAAAUUGCCAUUGGAUUUUCAGCCAAGUGAGGACCAGAGCAGUAGCAUUGACACCAACGGCGUUAUACUGAUCAGGACACCUUCCACUUUCUGAAUUGCGCGCGGUGCGCUCUUUAUUGAUUCGGUGAUUUUUUUCAUUGGUUGGUCCAGCUUAAGUUUGCGCAAUUUUUUGCUUCGGAUGUGUUUCGCGUAUAGAAUUCGUAACUGUCAGAUGGGAUUUACAUGUCAUAUGCAAGUGCAGCUGCAAUUCGCGAUCGAAGGAGCACAAUUUGAAGCAAAUUGGGGAGGUGUCUCAGGACAUCAAAAGGGGUUCAGAUCUUGGGGAAGAGAAAAUUGUUUUCCAAAA